CCCUCCCUCCACAACCGCAAUCAUGACCAUGUCCAUAACGCGGGCGGUCCUCCGGGCGCCGCAGCCGCGUCUCCUCUUAACAGCAACCGCCGCCGCCGUCACGGCCCGGUCCCUCUCGGCGCGCCGCCGGCCCUUGAGCACCACGUCCCGAGCCCUCCUCCCCGCCGGCUUCGGCUCCCCCGUCCUGCCGUCCUACUUCUCCAAGCCCCGGCUGCCGGCCAACACGAUUGUGCGGUUCGUCCCUCAGCAGACGGCGUGGAUCGUCGAGCGCAUGGGCAAGUUUAACAGAAUCCUCGACCCCGGUCUGGCCAUCCUCGUGCCCUUUAUCGACCGCAUCGCCUACGUCAAGAGCCUCAAGGAAGUUGCCAUUGAGAUUCCUAGCCAGAGUGCCAUUACUGCAGACAAUGUUACUCUGGAGCUGGAUGGUGUUUUGUUUACUCGUGUCUUUGAUGCGUACAAGGCGAGCUACGGUGUUGAAGAUGCCGAGUACGCCAUCUCUCAGCUCGCCCAGACGACCAUGCGAUCCGAGAUCGGUCAACUGACCCUCGACCACGUCCUCAAGGAGCGAGCUGCCCUCAACACCAACAUCACAGCCGCAAUCAACGACGCCGCCGAAGCCUGGGGCGUGACCUGUCUGCGUUACGAAAUCCGGGACAUCCACGCCCCCGCCGCCGUCGUCGAGGCCAUGCACCGACAGGUCACCGCCGAGCGUUCCAAGCGCGCCGAGAUUCUUGACUCUGAGGGUCAGCGCCAGAGUGCCAUCAACAUUGCCGAGGGUAAGAAGCAGAGCGUCAUUCUGGCGUCUGAGGCUUUGCGGGCGGAACGCAUCAACGAGGCAGAUGGUGAGGCCGAGGCUAUCCGUCUCAAGGCACAUGCCACUGCUCAGGGUAUUGAUGUUGUCGCGAAGAGCAUCCUCAAGGGUGAGGCUGGCGCCCAGGCUGCCGUCAGCCUAAGCGUCGCCGAGAAGUACGUCGACGCCUUUAGCAAGCUUGCUCGCGAGAGCACUGCUGUUGUCGUUCCCGGCAACGUCGGCGAUAUCGGUGGCAUGAUCGCCACAGGUCUCAGCGUUUACGGCAAGGUGGGCGAUGCUCAGGCACGCUCC